UGUACGCGUGAGCAUUGUUUCCGUGUGUUAUGUGGGAAAUUAUCUCAUUGUUACUAAUUUUUAUAUCAUUUGUAUUGGGUAUUGGCGACCCGUAUGAUCGAGGAAGAAAGUAUAAGACUAUGGAAAGUGGUACGACAGUUCAUUUUUCUACCUUCGGUGGUUUACUUGACAGUUCCAAUUUUUAUAGUGACAAGUGCUAAGAGAAACUGGCGAAAUGCGAUCUAUUAUAUACUUUUGUGUUGUGCUAAUUUGCAUCGGUUCUUCUCAAUCGGCUGAAACUGCAGUGAAUGGCACGGCUUUAAUCCCUGAAAAAUCAAACGCAACAACAACUGUAACAACCUCACCGAUUGCGACAACAACUCGGCGUCCCUUGCUGCAAGGCCUGCGUUUGCCCUGCUCCUGUCAGGACGGCCAAUGCGGAUGUUGCACCGGAUAUAUUUUGGACAGGUUCAACCAAAAGGCCUGCCUCAACAUCACCUACGAGCCGGACGAUUUCGCAUUAACCGCCGCCAUGUCCAUGAACGGAAAAGUGCUUUACAAGAACAGCAUUUCGGGUAAAAACCCACCCCCGAUGUGCAUCCGAGUGCCGCGUCUCCAAUUCAUAAGAUUCUGCGUCGAGUUCUCCAACGUGUACAUCGCCAGCAGGAACAUCCACCUGUGCAUCGACGCCGAGGCCAACUGGGACGACUUCACCCUGCUCGAAUGGUCGUUCGAUUGCGUACGCCUGGGCGCCUCCGGAGUCGCCAUCGUUCCGCCGGAAGAAGGCGGUGGGCUGCCGCCGAACUCCAUCGACACCGAGGACCAGACCGACGAAGAUUACGACGACAGUGCCAGGAACGUGCCGCUGGAUAAGGAGAAACUCAUCCGGAAACCGGCCGUUAAUAAGAUUAUUUUCGAUAGCAACAUCAGGAGUGCCGCAAAAGUCAAGCCUAACAGGUCCAACGUGCAGGUCAAGAAACUGAGCAACGGGGACUAUUUUAUUUCUUAUGUUAAGGGGCACUUGUAAAGUUUUACCAAAGAUUUUCCUUGUUUUUAAUGUUUUAUUAUAUUCGUUUUGAGUA